AUGAAACCUCCUGAUAAAAUGGACACAACAGAACACCAGAUUUUCCUUCAGCGAAAACUGAUGGAUGUACGGAAGAGAGCGCAGUACCACUGGGCAUUCCUACGAGAUUCUGUCAAGAGUGUGAAAAAGUCAGUAGAAGAAGCAGACAUGAGAGAAUUGGGGAUUUCCCAUGGCAUAUACAGAGAAAGAAGCCUCAGCCACCAACAACAGAUCACUCAAGUGCUGUUCAUUCCAGAGUACAAGGAGUACCUAACAAAUGAGGGACAGACGUUUCACUUUUUUGAUGAGGAUGGACACAAGAAAAGUUCAUUCCAAGCCACAGAAAACAUAAACAGGGUUGUUUUCUCCUCCCAGACCAACCAGUUUGUGGGGUAUAUGCAAGGGCAAGAGCAUCUUUAUCUGAUGAGCAAACACUUUGUACCUGGAACACGCUCAAAAGCUGUGGGCAGGAUCUUCAUGGCCGCCUACAAUAACAGUACUGGAGAACUGAUCACUGUUGGACCUCAUUUCAUUACAUUUUGGAUGUUCCGUUAUGGAGCGCGCUACCUAAUCCCAAGAAAGACAACCACUACAGACUUUGGUGAAACAAAUAUGUUUAUCACCAUGGUUUUGGAAGAGGCAACAGAUCAAACACAGAAAAUCUAUUUUGCUUAUGAAAAUGGAGUAGUGGUCUACAACAUCUUUAGUGGCACUGAGGUGGCUCACAAGAAAUCAUUACAUUCCCAGCCACUCACAGCAAUGACAUUUUUCAACCCUUAUAAAUAUGUGAUCACUGCAGCAAGAGAUGGCUGCAUCAAGGUAUGGGAUGCAGACUGGAAAAUUAGGAUGGUUUUUGUUGGCCACAGCGAACAGGUGAACUUUCUGAAGAUUUACCCUCAUGGGCCAGCAUUUAUUUCAGCAUCUCUGGACUGCACACUGAGGGUGUGGAACAUGGACACAAGUGAUGAGAUUGACAAGGUUUUGAUUGAUGAUCCUAUCGAAGGAAUAGACACACAGAUGGACAAUGACAUUUUCUACACUUUUUCUAGCAACAGAGUGGAUUUGUGGAAAUUACAGCAUCUGUAUUACAUCCACACACACAUCGGGUACAAAGUUAACAGCAUAAAAGUGACCAGUCAUCCAUUAUUACCCCAGCGAGCAGUAGUUCUGUGUCGAGACUCUAGCAUUCGCAUCAUUUGUCCUCCAAAUGGUGAAGUUAUAACUACCAUGCUUUUGAAGCAGUCAGAAGGAUUAAUAGAUGCUGCUUAUGCCAUUGCUGAAGAUACAAUCUUUGCAGUGAUGUCUAAUGGUGACAUUGUGAAAGGUCUGACCAAUAAGAACCCAUGUGACAUUGUUUCUAGAUGGAAGGGCAGUAACUCUGAAGGAAUAUGCAAUUGUCUGCUGGUGUAUGAGUAUUUAGUGGAUCUUUCUGGUAGAAGUGAUAUUUUUACCUUAGCAAAACAUACAGCUCAAAGAAAUAAAGCGAAGGUUCUUAGAGGAAAGCCUAGCAAAAACAGAACUCUUCUGCUUGGUGGUCGAAAAGAUGGUUAUAUUUGUCUAAUUGACUGGCUAACAGGGGAAGUCCCUUUCAAAGUUGAGGCCCAUGGCAGUAAAGGUGUACUUAGCAUGGUAGCUAACACCAAAUCUGAUCAGCUCAUUUCUGCAGGAAUGGAUAACAUCAUCAAAGUCUGGCGUGUGUAUCCCUUUGCACAUGAAGCCUUCACCCCACUGAUGUCUUUUUACUGUGCCCAAUGUCCUUCAUUUAUGACGACCAUCAACAUCAGUUUAGGCAUAGCGUUUCAAGACUUAGCUACAGCAACAUUCAGCGUUGUGCUCUACAGUUUAGCAGACAGAAAUCGUUUUGACCACAAGCCAGAUGAUGACCACAUGGAUCGUAUAACUGGCCUGUCAUCAUGUCCUCGUAUGAAAUUAUAUGCUUCAAGCAGCAUAGAUGGCACUGUUCGUAUCUGGAGUGAGAAUAAUACAUUGAUUAGGUUGUUGUGUUUAAAUGCAGCCAUCCACAGUAUUGCAUUCUGCAGUUCCCAAGGGGAUCUCUUGGUUGGAAUUGACAAUCAUCUUUACCUCAUCCCACAUACAAAAUAUCUUCCAAAGUCUUACAAGAGAAAACAAGCAUGCAUGAAAUUUUUACCUGUCAAGGCUGAGCAGCCAUUACCAUAUGAUGAAAAUAAACUGAGUUUAAUGAACAAAGCUGAUGUAAUGCGACUGAAAAAUGCUCAUGCCUCAUUCAG